AAAUCCUUUAAAAAAGGAAACGUAAUAAAUCCCUUUAAGUUUUCAUUCUGAAACGACGGAGUAACAAUUACCACUAAAAAUAAAAAAAGAAGAGCAUUCAAUUUGCCGCUUAGAAUAUUUCCACAUCUCUCUCUCUCUCUCUCUCUCUCUCUCUCUCUCUCCUGCAAUUUCCCAGUCAACGAUUUUCUUGACGGAAAUUGUGAUUUCUUUUCAUCAAUCCGAAAACUUCAAACUUCUCCUCCGACUUCACUGCCACCAUUUACUACCGUUCGCCGCCCUCCACGCUGCCAGGGACCAAGGGGAUAAUCAUCUUUAAAACAAGAAUGAUCUCUUCUGUCUAAUAUCAUAACAUGGGUCCUGUUCUGGACCUUAAAGGAAGAAAAGAUACCACAAUGGAAGCUUCAACUAGUAAAGACCAUAUCUCUGCUAUGCAAACACAGAAACAUAAAAACAUAAUACCUGAAAAUAAGCAUGAAGGCAUGGGAACUUGUAUUAAUGAGAAUGUAGAGGUUGACAUAAUAGAUUGUACAAAUGAUCAUGAGUAUGCUUUUGAUCAUUCUCAAUGUGAGGAUGAUGAUACUGCCACUUCAAGUUCUUUUGAUGAAACGUUUACAGAUCUUGAGAUUCAUGAACAUGAAGAUGACAAUGAAGUUAUGUCAGAAUUACGUGGGGAUGCUGCACUAAUGCCGAGGAAGAAAAGGGUGACAUCUGAUUGGAGGAAGUUUAUACGACCUAUUAUGUGGCGUUGUAAAUGGCUUGAAUUACAGAUCCAGAAAUUUCAGUCACAGGCCAUGAAAUAUGACAAAGAGCUUGAAAAAGAUUAUCAAAGAAAACAGUUAAAGUACAAAAACUUUGAAUCAGAAGGUCAUUGUUCAAAGUCAAUGCCAUGUAUUCAUGAUUCUCAUAGAGAGAAACCUUUAAAGAGGAAGAAAAGGAAACAUGAAGAGGUGGAUGCCAAAUUAUACAUGUCACAGCAUACUGUAUUUUCAUAUUUUGCUACUAAAAAGUCUACUGAUAAGGGUGUUGUGACAAUGGAUGAAGAUCAAACUAAUUCAGUGGCAGCUACUUCCACUGACAAGAAUGUUGUUAAUGAGUUUAGGGUUCCAGAUGAACUAUUAUCUCUUGAUUUCAGAGAUGAUUAUUCAUUGGAACAUCUUCUUUGGAAGAUUGAAGUUGCAGAGACACGAGUGGGUGACAUGGCUACAAAACUUGACACUAUUAUGACUGAAAAUGCUGGAAGGUUUCCAUCCAUGGAGGAGAUCAACUUGCAUGAAGCCAAUAAUGUGUUGACAUCAAAGUUUCCAAAAAGUAAAAGUGGACAAUCUGCAGUUGCUUCGUUUGCAUCUCAGUUGAUGAAAUUCAACACUGAUGUUGAUGUUGAUGAUGAUGAUAUGGUGAAACUUGAAAAUGAAGGUGUGAAUGAUGGAGAGGGGAGUUGUCUUCAAGAUGUGAAUAAACCAAUGGAAGAGGCUCCUGUUGACGCAAGAAAACGGAGUACGGAUGGGAUUCUGAUAUACAACCGCAGAGCAAAGAAGCCACAAACGGAUUCUGGGGGAGUAAAGAUUCAUCCAAUGGAGAAACUGGAGUCAGCCAAGGAAGAAAUAAGCAAAAAGACGGAUUCGCCCUUGGCUUCUGAAAACUCUUCAAGCCAGAAUGAAGAACCAGCUCUAAAAAUCCGGUCGGUUUCGAAAUUAAGCGCGCCAAAAAACAAGAAAAAGAGAGCGAGCAGAGCAAGACGAAAAAGUGGGUCGAGCCUAUGGACCCGAAGAAACUCGGGUUAGGCCCUAAGAAUGAUUGAUGAUAUCAUCUUUUGUACAUCCCCUAACCUGUUUUUUUUUUUUCUUGUGAAUAAAAAAGCUUCAUAACUUUGUGGUGGAAGAUACGAAC